AGGAAUAAUUUGAUGUUUUGUUGUGCUUUUAAAACUUGUGUUUUGUUUAAAUUUAAAAGUAAAAUAUAAUUUAAAUUUGAAGUAAACAAACGCAAUGCAUUUUGUGCCCUUCCCAGGCCUUCCAACAAGCAGAUAUUAUUAAACAGUCAUUGAACUUUGUUUGGUACAGAUGUUUUACUAUUCGAAGUUUAAGUGUCGUGUAUUGCACAAUAUAUUUAGUUUUCUUGUGAAAAUACUGUGGGGAAGUUUAAAUCAUCAACAGCCAUAAUUGGAUCUACAUGAUUGUAGAAUUUAUAACAUGUGCCUAUAAUUAUUGUCUGCAUCUGAACAGUGAAGUUUAAAAGGAUUAAAUAACAAAAUCAAGAUUUUAUAAGAGAUAAAGUAAGAAUAAGGACGAUAUUCUAGAAUAUUCCAUGUUGAGGAAUAUGAUUGUUUGGUGACAAUUUUCUCCAGGAAGUGACGGAAAUAAAAUUGAAUCCCAAUGGUUGAAACUGCUUCUGAUCGGCCUUGUUGCAGCUUCUCUAGGACUGUCUGCAAUUCUCCUAUCUCAGAUUUUACGAUUCUUCACCUGCGGGGACCGAUGUCUCAGCUCUGCACGUCUGACCAUUUCACUAUCAACCUGGCAGAAUUCUACAGCAGCAAUAAUCUAAUGCUAACGGAACAUAGUAAUUGUUUAAAGUUACUGUUGAAGAUUGACCUCAGAAAUCUGAGGUUGGAAAAUAGUCUUUUAAAUCAGAAAUGUUAUGAGGCUGAAAGUGUAGUUAAUGUAAGCAGAUUGUCUUUAUUAAAGGUUUUAGUGUUUUUAACGUGUCAUAGUAAGUUGUUGGUUGUCCUGAUUGUUUAUCUGCAAACUGUUAACCAGAUCCUGCUCAUUAUCAAAGAAUGCCGGUCGACGAAUUGUACAAGAAAAAUGAAAGCAAACGACGAAAUGGCUCGGUUGCCAGUGUUGGUAGUGUCAGCAGUAGCAGCAGCAUCAGUAGCAGCAGUGACAUUGUCUCAGAAGAUGCACUGUCAUAUCUUAUGCCACCACCACCGGAUGGUGGUUACGGUUGGAUAAUUGUUGUUACUGCAUUCACUAUCAACUUGAUUUGCGAUGGUAUAGGAUUUUCCUUUGGAAUUAUGUACAGUGAGCUCUUGGAUUACUUUGGCGAGAGUAAGAGCUUCACAUCAUGGGUAGGCUCGUUGUUUUAUGGGUCUUGCCUCAUUGGUGGGCCAUUGGCUAGUGCUCUUGCCACCAAGUUUGGUUGCCGACGAGUGUUGAUGGGCGGUGGUAUUGUGGCUGCAACGGGAACCUUUGUCAGUGCGUUUGCCUCGAGCAUUGGUAUGUUGUGUUUAACAUUCGGUGUCAUCACUGGUCUUGGUAUGUCAAUGGGGUAUGUGACCUCACUAGUUAUGGUUGCAUUUUAUUUUGAGGAUAGAAGAGCAAUGGCUACUGGGUUAGCUGUGUGUGGUUCUGGUAUAGGAACAUUUGUAUUUGCACUUUUGACUGAAUUCUUGAUUGGACUUUAUGGUUGGAGAGGGACAAUGAUUAUUUGGAGUGGUAUAAUGUUGCAUUUAGUGGUUUGUGGAUCGCUUUUGCGACCAUUGGAGUUUUCUGUUGAGGAAAAGAAACAAAGAGCUUUGAUGAAAUUUGAACGUAUUUCCAGAACAACGUCUUUUGCAAGUUUUUCAAAUGCUGCCAGAAACUUGAGUCGACAUGGUAGCCAUACAGAGGGUUUGGAAAAUGAGGAAUUGAAGUUUGAAGAAGGCAAUUUAGACGCAUGUUGUCAUUCACAAAUUGAGAUUCCAACUUUUAUCAAGGAUAACAAAAUUGACAUUCCGAUUGAAAUUUUAAAGGAGGCACAAAACAAUAGGGCGGUUCUGCAAGAUUACCUGAAGACAGCUUUACAGACUGUUGGAAGUCCAGAUAGUCACACCAAUGAUAUCAUGAAAGACUUUCAGAGCAAUGAAAACAUUAAAUUUGAGAGCAAUGAAAACACUCAAUUUGAGAGCAAUGAAAACAUUAAAUUUGAUACAGCAGUUACAGUAAUAGAUGAGGAUGCCAUUGUAAAACUAGAAUCCAACCAUGAGGUGCGACUCGAUCAAGAGCCAAUGGCAAGUUGCUUGAAAAAGUCCCAUCACAGGUCAAGCUCGAAAGAACGUAAACACUCACCCAAACCCAGGAGGCAAGUCCAUAUGAGCACAUACCUACCUCUGUAUAGAAGAGGUUUGUUCUUGAGGGGUAACCUGGCCAAGUUCACCAGAAAUGCUGGCCGGGUGAAAUCGAAUAGUUGCCCGGAGCUGUCACGCAGAUUUGAUGAGAGUGAAAGUGAUUCUGAUGAUGAAUGGGAAUGUAUUUGGAGGUACUUACAUUUCAGCAAACAGAUGAAACGUGUGCUGAAAACUAUGUUCGAUCCAUCAAUUCUGUUGCACCCUCUGUAUGUGAUAUUUGCAAUAUCAAACUUCAUUUUGUAUUUCUGGUAUGACGUUCCUUAUAUUUUCAUUGUCGACCGAGCUGUUGAACUUGGCAUGGACGAAAAAAGGGCAUCCCUUCUCAUCUCCGUACUUGGCAUCGUCAACACUUUUGGGCAGAUAACGUAUGGUUUUAUGGGAGACAAGAACAUUAACCUUAGUGUUUUGUAUGGCUGUUCACUGAUGUCAUGUGGGGUGGCGAUCCUGAUUGUUCCUUUCUUCACAGAGUUUGCACCGCUGGCUGUCACCUCUGCUUUGUUUGGGUUUUUCAUAAGUGCCAAUUACUCCCUCAGCACAGUGAUCCUGGUGGAAUACUUGGGCAUUGACAAGCUGUCCAAUGCCUAUGGACUCACCAUGCUGGUGCAGGGUAUUGCAAACCUGAUUGGCCCUCCUUUGGCAGCACUUUUCCACGACUCCUUUCACUCAUAUGACCUGACGUUCUUUGUGGGAGGCGGGUUCAUAGUGCUAGCGGGCAACCUGCUGUUGAUUGUACCCAUCAUGAGGAAGUGCCGGUCCCAGCUGCGGUUCGAUGAGGCGACACGGGUGUGCACACUCUAUAACGCCCAAUUGAGCAUCCCUGCCGAGGAGGACGAAUCAGACACUAAAGAGUUGGAACAGGUCGCUAAUGGCAACGGUUCAGUACACUCGGCACUGCUUGUUGAUAAACAUACUACAUUCAACGAUACUGCAGUGUAAACAAUGUGUAUAUUGUUUGAUGUACAUUAAAUAAAUGUUUCAAUUACAUGCAGAUUUGUGAUUAAUAUUUAUAUGACAUAAAACUUAUGUCAUAUUUCUGUUGUUUACUUACUAAGGCUUGAUAAUUAAGUACAGAGUGGUUAAUUGUACAGGAUUUGUUGUUUAUACAUAUAUUGUUGAUUUUCAUCUUAUUUAAGGCUGAAUUAUUAAAAGAGAAGUUAUAUGAUUAGAAGUUAAAUUAAGUAUUAUCAAAUCACUUUCAGUGAAAAAAGUCAAGCUUUUUUGUGAGCUAUUAAUGAAAAAAAGCAUGUCAGGCUGGUCUGGGUCUGCGCUGGCUGAAAAUAGCAUAAGACCCAUGAUUGUAUGAUGGGGCUUAAUUUAUACAUGCAAAAUCAUCUAUACCAAGUGACGGUAAUUUCUAAUAUUUUUGCACUGAUCAAUUAUAUGCUGUAAAUGAUCCUUUAUCUUACAAACAAACAAGUUUUCAGUAGAAUAUACAUCAUAAAUGUAAUUAGAACUUGACUUCUUUUUAAAUGUUUUGUAUUAAUUUCUAUAGUUCACAGAAUAAUUGCAAAUGUAGUAUGAAAAUUGUUAGGAGUUAUUAUUGUUUUUAUGAUUGUCAAAUUUUUAUUCAUGAUUUUGAUGCUUGCAUAAUAGGUUUAAAUUGAUUGUCUCAAAGUCAAAUAAUAUGCGUAGUACAUAGAUAUAUGAUGGAACAGUCUAUGUGGUACUUUUGUUGCUGUUGAUACUAUGGCUAGUAGUUCUUGCACAUACAAAGCUCGUUUUUGUGAUCAUUGUUAUGUUCAUACAAACUAUGAGAGAUGAACACAAAUUAAAUAUGAUGAAAUUAUUUGCAAUAUCGUAUGUUAAUUUAAGCGUAUGCGUUACAAUAACUCCAUCUUCAUAUCUGUGUCAUAUUCGUACUGAUGAAUACAUAAUAUUUUUUUCACAUGUAUGAUUCAGAUGAAAAGUUUAUUUUUAUUCUCCUUGCCUAUGUUUUUAUAUUUUACUUAUCUGUAAUUGCUUUUUCUUAAAUGUACAAUAACAAUUCCAUAUCCACUUUGAAACUUGUGAAAUGGGAUUUGUUUGAUAGUAUCUCAUUUUGAAUAUUUCUUAAUGCACACAUAUACACAGAUGUUUUUGCAAGUCAUUUCAUGUCAUAUAUUAUUUACAACCAGUCAAAAUGGAUCUCAUCUCUCAAAAAUAUUUAGUUGUAUGACUAAAUACAGUGUUUAGUUUGAUGGUGUAGAAAUUGCAAGAUUGUCUUAAUAUUUGGCUUGUGUUCUGUAUUGGUACCUGCAAAUGUUUUUAUAUAAGUAGCCUGUUUAUGUAAAAACUAACUGUCACUUUGUAGUUUAUGCCAUUUACUAUUGUUUACCAUAGCAUUAUUAUGCCCCCCUUCGAAGAAGAGGGGGUAUAUUGCUUUGCUCAUGUCGGUCGGUCGGUAGGUCGGUCGGUCGGUCCGUCCACCAGGUGGUUGUCGUAUGAUAACUCAAGAACGCUUGGGGCUAGGAUCAUGAAACUUCAUAGGUACAUUGAUCAUGACUCGCAGAUGACCCCUAUUGAUUUUGAGGUCACUAGGUCAAAGGUCAAGGGCACGGUGACCCGAAAUAGUAAAAUGGUUUCCGGAUGAUAACUCAAGAACGCAUACGCUUAGGAUCAUGAAACUUCAUGGGUAGAUUGAUCAUGACUCGCAGAUGACCCCUAUUGAUUUUGAGGUCACUAGGUCAAAGGUCAAGGUCACGGUGACCCUAAAUAGUAAAAUGGUUUCCGGAUGAUAACUCAAGAACGCAUACGCCUAGGAUCAUGAAACUUCAUGGGUAGAUUGAUCAUGACUCGCAAAUGACCCCUAUCAAUUUUGAGGUCACUAGGUCAAAUGUCAAGGUCACGGUGACCCGAAAUAGUAAAAUGGUUUCCGGAUGAUAACUCUAGAACGCAUACACCUAGGAUCAUAAAACUUCAUGGGUAGAUUGAUCAUGACUCGCAGAUGACCCCUAUCAAUUUUGAGGUCACUAGGUCAAAGGUCAAGGUCACGGUGACCCGAAAUAGUAAAAUGGUAUCUGGAUGAUAACUCAAGAACGCAUACGCCUAGGAUCAUGAAACUUCAUGGGUAGAUUGAUCAUGACUUGCACAUGACCCCUAUUGUUUUUGAGGUCACUAGGUCAAAGGUCAAGGUCACGGUGACCUGAAAUAGUAAAAUGGUUUUCGGAUGAUAACUCAAGAACGCAUACGCCUAGGAUCAUGAAACUUCAUAGGUAGAUUGAUCAUGACUCGCAGAUGACCCCUUUUGAUUUUGAGGUCACAAGGUCAAAGUUCAAGGUCACGGUGACCCGAUAUAGUAAAAUGAUUUUCGGAUGAUAACUCAAGAACGCUUUUGCCUAGGAUCAUGACACUUCAUAGGUACAUUGAUCGUGACUCGCAGAUGACCCCUAUUGAUUUUCAGGUCACUAGGUCAAAGGUCAAGGUCACAGUGACAAAAAUCGUACUCACACAAUGGCUGCCACCACAAUGGGGGGCAUGCAUGUUUUACAAACAGCCCUUGUUUUGUUUUCAUUUUUGUCAGUAUAUUGUUAUUUUUAUUCCAAUAACUAACCAAAGUUACUGUAUUCGGAACAUAUUUUAAUCAUUUAUUUAUUUUAGUUCAAUUGUUUUGUCAUUGUUAAUUUUUUCUGGACACCUUUCUCUUAUUAAUUGAUUAAUUUUAAGAUGCGUUCUUAUGCAUGAAUAUAAGUGAAGAUUUGACAGAAAGUUCAGAUGUUUGUACAUCUUAAAGCAAAAUGUGUUGUUCUCUAAUUGUGUUUUGAUUAGCUUGCUUUUAGUGUUUUUAUGGUCCCGAAGGAGGGCAUAUAGUGAUCGGACCGUCCGUCUGUCUGCCUGUCUGUCCUUCUGUCACACUUUGCGUUUAGGUUUCGAAAAAUGCUCAUAACUUCUAUGUCCCUUCACAUAGCAACUUGAUAUUUGGCAUGCAUGUGUAUCUCAUGGAGCUACACAUUUUGAGCCGUGAAAGGUCAUCCUUCAAGGUCAAUAUAUAUGGCUUCAAAGAGGCGCAGAAGGGGGCAUUGUGUUUCUGAAAAUCACAUCUCUUGUUAAGUAUAUGUUAACAUUUCUCUUGUACUUAAAUGCUUUUAUCCAUGGUUUAAAUUUUAUUUUAAAAAUUGGUCUCACUGGAAACAUAAUUUUGUCAAUUAGUGAUUGCUUGAUUGAAAUGUUUAUCUAUAUUUUGCAGACAUAUGAAUUCUUGAAUAAUUGUAUGUCAAUGCUGUAUUGUUCCAUAAUAAAACUUGAUAUCAUUUGCUAGUCCCUUAAAAAGCCAGGUACUUAAUAGCAUAUAUUCAGAUUUGUGUUGUUGAUCUGUACUCUUGUUUUCAAUUUUCUCUCUCAUUUCUUUGUUUUGUUACAGUGUCUACCUUAAGUUUUUAUGGGAAUGUUUUUGUCACUGACAUUUGACAAUAUAUUGAUAUUUUUAACUGUAUUUAUAUAAAUGUUGAUAUUUUCACAAUGAUUAACAUUCAUGUCGUAUGAUUAACAUUCAUGUCGUCCCUUGCCACUCUGAAUUACUUUGUAAAGACAUGCACACACACUUUUUAAUUCAAUAAGUAAUGUGUAUUAAGAUUUAAUUUAAAAUAUGCUAUUGUUUAUUGUUGCAUUUUUCCUGUUUUUAUUGUGAUAAUGUUUAAAAGCAUACAGUGUAUGCUGUUAAUUGAUAUAUGAUCGUUGAUGUUUAUGAUAUGUUGUUCAUGAGAUGAUGAUGAUUAUACAAUUAUUUUUUAGCUCACCUGAGCACAAAGUGUCCAUAGUGAGCUAUUGUGAUCACCCUAGGUCCGGCAUCCAUGGUCAUUCGGUGUGCGUCUUAAUUUGUUUGUUUGUUAUCUUGGUCAUGAGCAUCGAAAAAACUAGGUCAGCAUGUCACAUGUUAAAAAAUUCUUUUGAUCACUUUAGAGGUCACAUUGAUGACUCAGUGUUGAUGAAGUCAGAAUGUUAUCUUGACAAUAUGUAGGGAAGUUCAAAUCUGAGUCAUCUUGGUUUAAAAACUAGGUCACCUGGUCAAAUUAAAAUACAUUCAACCAGUCUAGAAUCAACUUUAAUGAUUAUUCAAGCUUGAUGAAACUUGAUAAGAAUGUUUAUUGUUACAAUAUAUAGGAUAAGUUUGGGUCAUGUACCUUCAAAAAACUAUGUCAUCUGGUCAGACCUAUCAGGGGGCUACAUUUUAUGCUUCAGUCUUGAUGAAACUUGUUCAGAAUGUUUAUCUCUGAAAUAUAAAAAACAUGUUUGAAUCUGAGUCAAAACUAGAUCACCUGGUCAAGUCUUCAACAUAUUGUUUCGUUGAAAUCAGGUGAGCCUUAAGGGCAUCAUGGCCCUUAUGUCCUUGUUUGAACCAGACCCUUUCUUGAGGUAGCACUCUUUUAAUGACAAAAGCAAUAGCAUAUUCUCCACAAUGUUUACAGUGAUAUGUGUUCAGUUCUGGCAAUACAGAUUCAUAUUAUAGUUGUUUCAUACACAAGCUUCUGGGCUCAUUUCAUACACAAGCUUCUAGCCUCAAAGAGUCAAUAUUGGAAUGAUAUACUUAAUGCCUUUUAACUAAUGACAUGGUUGGUACUGAACCAGUGGGGUGCAACUAACAAAUGGUUACAGGCCUACAAUUUGAAAGAUAUGUUUACUGAGAAAAAUGUGCAUUAACAGGAUACACAUAAAGGUUAUGUUAAAUUUUGUCAUUUUAUAUUUUACACAAUUAAGAUGCCAUGAAUGUUGUUAGCUUUUACAGGGACCUAUGUUGUCAUUGUCAGUGUUCAUAUUUUUGUUUUUGAAGUUUAUUUACACAUAUUUAAAAUUUUACAAUUGAAUUUUUGUGUGAAAUCACAUGUAAAAUUAAUGAGAUGUUUUAAGAUUUACUGAAAGCAUUAACUGUCAGUUUUAUAAGAUCACGUGUAAAGAAACGAACUGAAAUCCAUAAGAAAUACAGAAGAUUAUUUUUACUAGUACAUGUAUAAGAAGUUAUUUACUUCUUCAAAUGGUGAAAAAGACUUAAUCUGGUAUGAGCAUUUAUGUAUUUUUAAAAUUAAAUGUUUACUUUGAUGACAUACUGCUAAACUGCGGACUUAAAAUUAAGUCAACUAGGCUUUGUUUUUGUUUUAGAUAUGUCUGAGAAUGUAAAUAAGUUAAAAUGAAAUAAUGAAAUAGUUCAAAACACUACGCAAAACUAUAAAACAUGGCGGCUUUUGGUUAAUUGCUAUGCGAUUUAAGGUAAUGUUCAGAAAGCAUGCAAAUUUGGUUAUGGCAUUCAAAUAACCAGUGCGAUAUGAGAUAGAUCUUUGAUAAAAAAUCUUGUCUUGAAACAUUACUAAAUAAGAAUAAAGACUUUGAAUUUA